GAAACUUCUUCUACUAUUGAUUCUAAAACUAUAAUCAAUUCUAGGGGAAGGUCCUAUGAGUGAGUAGCUUCUGAUUUCUCAGAUCUGAUAAACUAAUCCAAACCUUUAAAUCUAGUUGUUCUUGCUAAUUAUUUAUCAAUAUUGGAACUGGACUUCUGUUGUUUUGUCUACCCUUGUUGGCGGCAGUUGGAUUUGUUCUCUUGUGUUGGAAAAGAAGCUCAACAACAUGUUACAAUUGUCAACUCUUCUGACUCUUUCUAUCUCCACUCAUUGGAGCAGUUAGAACCAAACUGUCUCCAUUUUCUUCCAUAUAUUGACUCGUUUCACUUCUGCAAGAUGUGCCACAAAUUUUGAUGCUUAAAAUUGAAAAACAGCAUGAACUUCUCAUGAAAUCAUAAACACUGAGCUUUUAGUUUCUUUCCCAUUAACCAGUUUUGGUUUAUCAAUCAAAAUGCUGAGUGUGAUUAGAAGGAAACUCAGGAACCUUUAUUCAAGGAUACUGUGGAUACUACUGAAGCGCCCAAGGUCUAAAGUUGUUAUCAAAAGGUUUAGAAAAUUGAAAUGUAAGGGUCACUCUAGAGCAGAAUUGUGUGACAACAAAACAAAAACUCACUCAAAUGGCCACUUAGUUGAGUCUGAAUCUAGAAGGCCUAUUCGGAUUGCAUCAUUCAAUGUUGCCAUGUUUUCCCUUGCACCUGCUGUUUCAGAAUUUGAUGAUUUGAUCAUCUCCAAUAACAAGAGUUCUGUGAAGGAUGAUUUUCCCAAGAGUAUACUAAAGCAAUCACCAUUGCAUGCUUCUCUGAAUCCUAAGGCUCAGAAUCAUUCUGAUUCCAAGAUUCUUCCAAGGUCAAAUUUGAAGGUUUCAAUUAAUCUUCCUGAUAAUGAGAUUUCAUUGUCAAACAGUGCUUCUGAGAAAAUUACUGGCAGUGCUUCUGGGAGGCAUCAAGUCCCAGCAAGGUCUCCUGUGUGUUUUCCUUUCAUGAUGAAUUUUUGUGAGGGCAUUGAGAAAUUCUCCUCAAGCAGCAGAAGCAUUUUGGAAGUUCUGAGGGAGAUUGAUGCUGAUGUGGUGGCCUUGCAGGAUGUGAAGGCAGAGGAAGAGAAGAGCAUGAAGCCUCUUUCUGAUUUGGCAGGUGCCUUGGGGAUGAAGUAUGUGUUUGCUGAGAGCUGGGCUCCAGAAUAUGGAAAUGCUAUAUUAUCCAAAUGGCCUAUUAAGAGGUGGAAAGUUCAGAAGAUUGCUGAUGAUGACGAUUUCAGGAAUGUUUUGAAGGCCACAAUUGAUGUACCUUGGGCAGGAGAGAUAAAUUUCCACUCUACUCAACUUGACCAUUUAGAUGAGCAUUGGAGAAUGAAGCAGGUAAAUGCAAUAAUUCGUUCCAAUGACCCUCCUCACAUUUUGGCAGGAGGCCUAAACUCUCUAUAUGGACCAGAUUACUCAUCAGAGAGAUGGAAAGACAUUGUCAGGUAUUAUGAGAAACUAGGAAAACCAAAGCCAAUGACAGAAGUGAUGAACUUCAUGAGAUCAAAAGCCUAUGAAGAUGCAAAGGAUUAUGCAGGAGAAUGUGAGCCCAUUGUCAUCAUAGCCAAAGGCCAAAAUGUGCAGGGGACAUGUAAGUAUGGCACAAGGGUGGAUUACAUUUUGGGUUCCCCAAACUCACCAUACAAAUUUGUUCCAGGGUCUUACUCCGUGGUUUCUUCUAAAGGCACUUCUGAUCACCACAUAGUGAAGGUAGACAUCAUGAAAGUAAACACAUCUGCUCAGAAAAAUGUCAUGAAACAAUGCAGGAAACUAAAGAGGAAGGUAGUGAGAAUAACACCACCUUGUUCUGCAACAGGUGUAUGGGAAUCAAACCCACCUCCCAAACUACUUGUGUCAUAGUAAAUCUUGAUUGAUAGAAGCAAUUAUAUAUGAUACAUUUUGUUAAGCAUUGUAUUUGAAGAAAAGUUACAAAGUUAUAUAAUUCAAUUCAGGUUGAGAUUAUUGUA